AUGGAUACGAAGAUGAAAUUUCAAAAAUCUUUACCACCAUUAGUUGAAGGCAAAAUUCAUGGUUAUUUAAAACUUGUUAUAGAUGAAAUUAUUUGGUCAAAAAAAAAUUUUGGUGAGAUUAGAGUAUUUGUAUCUUGGUGGGGUGAAACGGAUAGAGUUGAAUUUAGACCAACAGACAUUACAAAGGAUGUUAUAAAAGCAGAACAGGAAACAACUGAAAUUUAUGCUAUUCGUACAAAUAUAAAUCUCUUUGAAGAAUAUAUUAAAAAUUGUGAAUUUGUAGAAUUAGUGGUUGUUAGUAAAGAAACAAAUACAAUUAUAGGAACAUCUCGAAUUAUAGAUUUAAUAGAAGUAUUUAAAAAUAAGCCAUAUUUUAGAUAUGUACCAAUAAUAACUAAUAAUGGAAGUAAAAUAGGGGAAAUUCAUAUUUCUAUGAAAUUGGAAUAUAUGACAAAAUCUUUUAAUAUGCAAUUAAAAGCACAUAGAUGCGAAAAAAAACAAACUACCGAUAAUACGUUUUCAACUAGUUAUAGUUUUAAGAGUCAGGAUGAUAUCAAAGCUGAUAGAUGUUCCAUUAAUAAAAAAAUAAAACCAGAAGAAAGUGAAACUUAUAAAUCUAUUUUAAAAUUAAGAAGAGCAGAAUUUCAAGAACCUAUAAAUAAAUUUAAUAAUGAAAUAGCAGAUAAACUUGUUGCUCAGAUUAUUAAAAGAGCUCAAAAACUUAGAGGAGCUUUAUUUAAAGAAACAUAUGAUAAAGAUGAAUUGAUUUUUAGUGAUAAUUCAGUCAAUAAUGGAAUACAAUCUCAUUUCUCUGCUAAGGAUGAAACAAAAUUACAUGAAUGCCUUUUAAGUAAAGAUCAGAUAUCUUCCAAUGAAAGUAAAACAUGUACAUUAAGGACAACAUAUUUAAAUCCAAAUAUGAUGGAUUUAUCACUCUCAUCUAAUGAUAUAGAAGUCUCUAAAUAUGAUAACAAGGGUACAUCAAAUGAUAUAUCUUCUUUAAAAAUGAAUUCUUUAAUAGAAGAUACUCUUUUAGAAAAAAAAAUGUGUAUUAAUUCAAGAGAUACUAAACUAUUUGAUCUUGUUACUUAUAUUCAAAUUAACAUAGAAUCAUUUACUUUAAGUCCUGCUGGUUAUAGACGUGUAAAGUCUUCUUCAUUAUCACAUAAUGAUAACAUUUUUUCAUCUGCAACAUAUUUUGUUCAGUAUGAUAUGACAUUUGAACAAAGUAAGGAAAUUGAAAAAAAGUGUUGGAAGGAAAGUAAGCCUGUAAGAAUAAGUUCUACAAAACAAAUAAACAAAGUGAUUUAUUUUAAUCAUAGUAAUACGUAUAAAAUAUCAAAACUGAAGCCUAAUACAGAACUGUAUAUAAAAUUUAAAAUAUUUGUUCGCCAUUUUAAUAAAAAGUUACUAAUUGAAUUAGGCAAUGCUACUAUUUAUGUUAAUAAUAUUAUAAAAAAUGAAAAUUGGAAAGUUACACAACACUUAAAUAUAGUCAAUAAAGAUAUAAAAAUAGGCGAAUUAAAUGUAACUAUACAAUUAGGUUCAGAAUCUAGUCAUUGUGAAAAGCAAUACAUUGAUAGCAUAAUGUUUGCUAAAGAAAAUAUUCCCAUUUUGGAUACACAUCAGUUAUUAAAUGAAACUAAAAGUAAGAAGUCUAAGAGCAUUACAGAAAGUCAGUCUAAAACAAAUAGUGAAGUACCAUCAAUUUCAAAUAAUGUAGCAAAUUAUUUAAAUACUAAUAGUGAUUUAGUUACUAAAGGAAGCAUAUCAGAGUUCACAAUAGAAAAUAUAGAUGAUAAAAAGAUGGAUAUAAAAAAUUAUAAACAUAGAAUACAGGAUAAGGUUUUACUUCAUGGUUUAAUACAUGUGACUGAAGGGCAAGAGCUUCCUGAGUUAAAUACAUACUUAAUAUGUAGAGCAUUUUGGAGAGAAGAUAAAACUAGAAGUCAAAUUUGUAAUAAUACAGAAAAUCCAUUUUACCAAUUUUGUCAAUUAGUACCUCUUAUUUAUGGUAAUGAUUUACUGGAACGCAUUAAAGAUAAUUACAUAAUCAUUGAAGUUUAUUCUAGAAAUAAUAAUAUAGAUAAUCUACUAGGAUUAACAAAAUUAUCUGUACAUCAGUUAUAUGUUGCAUAUAGAGAUCCACAUAUACUACCUUAUUUGUUGUUGACUAAGUAUCCUGUAGUGAGUGUGGAUGGAUGGGUACCAAUUAUAGAUCCUGUAACUGGUCGGUCUUGUGGACAGUUACAUGCAUUGGUUGCUCUUGGAACUGCUGAACAAAUUACAUUAUUAAAAAUAUCAAGAAAUUUGCAAACUAAUGGUAUUAUGUCAUGCACAAUGCAUUUAGACAAAUUUUCUGAUUAUGGAAAACAUUCACAAAAUAUGCCUCAAAUACAUGAUACUAAUGAAGUUGAAAGACAAUUAUUUUUUUCAAAUUCAAAAACUCGAGAAUGUCAAACAGAUAUCUCAACAGUUAAUGAAUUUAAGUGUAAUGAAAUAUUGCAAGAAAAAACUUCAAAUUUAGAACAUUUUAUUUUGCAUAACACAGUUAGUCAUUUAACUCAAGGUUUAAAUGUUAACAAAAUUAAUAUAGAUCAAGAAACACAAACUGAAAUAAACGUGACGGAAGAAGAACAAACGAAUAUAGAAGAGCAGAUUUGUGCCAACGAAUUGAACUUUAACAAUAGUUCUAAUGACAGCGAUAAUAGUAGCGUUAAGCACAAUUUUUAUUUACCGACAGAAACGUAUAGGAGUGUCGGAGUUGGUGCUGAGUAUAAUGAAGAAAUUGAUCAACAACCAAAUAGUGGUCACAGUAAUACAACAUUUGAGUUAUCAACUAUAAUUCAUGGAGAAAACGAAUUAACAAAUCCUACAUGUAAACAAACAAUGUUUAGAGCUCAUGUCGAGAUCGAGUGUGCAUUACAUUUGCCAAAAAUAGAAAAAAUUAAUGAAACUAUUAAUCCAAGUACAUAUGUAUCAUUUCAGACUAAUAAAUGUGAUUAUACAAAAUAUUCAAAUUCAUACAUGAUUACUAAUGUUUUUCCACAUAGUUGUAAUCCCAAGUGGAAUUGGAAAUGUGAUACAGAAUUACCAACAGAACUUCUUUUACAUGAUGAGAAGAGAUUAAUUUUAAAAAUCUGGCGACUAUUAGAUACAGACAUCAGUAUGCAAAUAAAUUUAGAAAAAGAUGUUGUUAUUGGAUUUUCUGCUAUUGAUCUCUCCAUUUUGAUCAGUGGCUUUGCAACAGUAUCUGGUUGGUUUCAUGUAAUGGAUUUCACUGGAAAAUGCAAUGGACAAAUUAAAGUAUCUAUAACACCAUUAGAUAAUUUAUCACUAUUUGGUAAAUCUAUAACUUCUUUAAAUACAGUCCGAGUUCCAAAAUGUUCUAUGCCUUGGGUCCCACUACAUAUUAAUGAAACACAUUCUUGCGUUAUACAAGAAGAAGAAAAAUCAGUACAUAGUGAAAACUAUUUAAAUGAUCCUAUUACCCAAAUUGGUUUUGAAGAUAUAUCUAUGUCAUUUUUAUCCUUAUCUUUGAAACAAAAAUUAACUGAAUUGGAUGAAAUUACGAAACGUUUAAAAUCGCGAUUACAUGAUAUUACAAAUACGGCUUUUGAAGAUGAUUUAGAAAAUGAAUUUGAGUUAAAUAAUGAUAAUGAAAAUAACGAGUGUAAAAUUAUUACUCCAAUCGUAUCCGUUGCCGCAAUAGAUUGUAAUAAUCGAAUAUAUCAUAGUACAAACACUAAGGAAAAUGACAAUCAAAAUAUAUCGAAUGAAAGGAAAAAUUUUUUGUCUCAAACUUAUGUUGCUUACAACAAAGCAUUAAAUUGUGAAAUAAUAAACCCUAAUUCUUCUAAGAUAUUGGAUUCAUACAACAAACAAGAUUUAUCAAAUAACAAUAUUGAAAUACAGCAACAAAAUCAUGCAAUACAAAAUAUUAAAACAUUAGAAAAUACUUUCACUGAUUAUCCUGAACAAGGAACAAAAGCACAUAUAAGUUAUUUACUUGAUAAACUAUCUCUACAGUUUCCUGCACAACACUAUUUGAAUAAAGGUAUGCCAAUGAAAGAAAAUAUGACCAAUUUAUUAACAAAUUCACUAAGUAACAGUAAUUUACAAGAUAUUAAUAAAUGUAACCAAGAACUCAAAAUGUCUACACUAUCUACUCAAAUGAAUAAUAUAUAUGAGCAAAGUAUAAAAAUGUCGGAAAAUCCUGCAAUAGGUUACAUAACUGAGACUAAAGAGAUUGAUGCAUGUGAUAGAAAUUUAUCUGAUGUAUCACAAAUUGCUAAUAAAGUGUCGACAGUAAUUCGCGAAGAAUUAAUUGCUGAAGAAAGUAGCAAUACCUCAAAAUGCGACGAAUUAACAACAUAUCUUGUAACUUCAAACAUUCGUCAUAUGGAUGUAAAUAACAUGUGUAAUCCACUUUUAUAUCAACAUUUAGUGCCUGAUUUACAUUAUUCACAUACAUUAUCAGAAGAAGAAACUAUUAAACAAUUAGAUAAUCGAUAUAAUAAAGUCUUUAGUACAUCAAUAAGUAACAGAUUAAAUAAAAUACAUAGUUUAGUAGAAACUAAUGUGUGUUCAGAAAAUACUGAACAUUUUCAAAGAAUGACACCAUCUGGAUUGUCAGAAAAUAUUGAUGAUAAUAUUGAUGUAACUGUUCUUCAUAACACCAAUUACAAUGAUCUAGUAACAAGUACAGAAUCAACUACAACUAUUUCAAUUGAAAAUUCAUUGGUAAAAUCGAUUGAGUCAGAAGCAGUUGGAAAUGGUGACCCUAUAUCUACUGAAACUUCUAUUCUUGUACUUUCAAGGCAAGCCCCUGAUGGUGGUAACCCUAUAGAAGAUAAUAGAAAAUCGUUAGUUAAACAUCAGGAAGAUAAAAUUCUCAACUCUUGA